GAUGUGACAAACUACGGCCGGCAUUCUGCGGAGCGUGGGAAGUUUGGACAGAUAUGCAUGUCGCUGACUGGUUAUGGUCACGUCCCUAACGGGAGGACCUGCUUCGGUUCGCGAUGCCGAGCGACUCGCACCACGAACCCGGGGUGAUUUCUGCCUGUGUGUGGCUGCCGCUUGCUUCUUGUAAGCUGAUGUGCGAGCAGCGUCACUCCAGCCUCUCUAACCCUCGCUGCUGAAUGCGCUCCUCCUUCCCCGAGGCUGCAGCAGACAUGGCGACAACACUGCAGCCGCUUACGCUGGAAAGAGAUGUGGCUCGGGCGAUUGAAUUGCUGGAGAAACUCCAGGAAAGUGGAGCAGUACCGAUCCACAAGCUGCAGUCGUUACAGAGAGUGCUGCAGAGUGAAUUCUGCACGGCUGUCAGAGAGGUUUAUCAGUACAUGCAUGAGACAAUAAGCAUCAGUGGCUGUCCAGAAUUCAGAGCUCGUGCAACGGCCAAGGCCACAGUUGCUGCUUUUGCUGCAAGUGAAGGCCAUUCCCAUCCGCGUGUGGUGGAACUACCAAAAACAGAUGAAGGCCUUGGAUUUAAUGUGAUGGGUGGAAAAGAACAAAAUUCACCAAUUUACAUCUCUCGCAUUAUUCCUGGGGGAGUCGCAGAUAGACACGGGGGCCUAAAACGUGGAGAUCAGUUGUUGUCUGUCAAUGGAGUGAGUGUGGAAGGGGAACACCAUGAGAAGGCAGUGGAAUUGCUGAAGGCUGCUCAGAGCAGUGUGAAGCUGGUGGUGCGUUACACUCCAAAGGUGCUGGAGGAAAUGGAGGCAAGGUUUGAGAAACUGCGGACUGCCCGACGCAGGCAGCAGCAGCAACUUCUGCUCCAGCAGCAGCAGCAGCAAGUUCAGCAAAAUCAUAUGUCAUAGACUUGUUCAGCAGGAGUUUCCAGGAUCCAAGUGGUAAUUGCUGCCAACUCAAAGGACCACACUGCAAUCAUGGUUUUGCUGUGGAGAAGAGAAGCAACCUUCAGAUAAAAUUGAUCAUUUGUGAAGAUGUGUAUAUAGCUCAUUCAAACCCAAGAUAUUGUGUAAAUGAUAGUUUUAGCUAAGCUUAGCAUAGCUUAGAACAAAAUGGCACAAGAUUUUUUGGAAAGUAAUUGAACGCCUCUAUUGGAGUCACAGUAGUUCUUACAAGUUAGGAUUCUUCUUUUGAAUAAUGGAUUCUAACUCAGCAAAUGCUUAUACAUACAGAAUAUGGUCUUUCCCUAAUUUAAAGCCAUCCCUAUUGGCACUGUCCAUUUUUGUGUUUAGUAUAAUUGCAUUGAUAUAAAAUAAGUGUUUUCAAAUAAUACUUCCAAAGGGAACUCCAAAGAAUUAUCAAAUUUUGAAUUUUAAUGUUUUUGCAUAUUAACAUAAAAUAUUAUUUUUCCAAUCAGAUUUCAUUGUAUUAAAAAUCUUGUGCCUAUUCAUAAAAUCAAGUUAUGUUUAGAAAAUUAUUAUGAUGUAUCAUUUAAUAUUUAAAGGAAUCAUGAGUUAAUAUAUUGAUUAACUAGAUAAGCUUUCAAUUGAGUACUCAACCAAUUUUAGUGCAAUCUCUCCAAUUUUCCCACCUCUUCAAUUGAAAGAUGUGAAAUACAAAUAAUAGAUCUUCACUCAAUGAUAUUCCUUCCAUUUGUAAUUAUUAGCAGCUCCACUGAUAUAAUUCAACAUCCCAAUUUGAACCCAUCCACUUUCUGCUUGCUCCAUUGAGCUUCAUCUUAGUAUUUUGUGAUCUUCUUUGUUUGGCUUAUUUUUGUUACUGCACAUUUAUGACAAAUUGAGAGAGUCAAUACAUGGCUCGUUCGUGAAAUAUUUAUUACUAGAUUUGUUAUUGAAAGUUGACAUACUUGAUAGUAUCAGUGCAAGGAAAGAAUGCAGAAAGUAAGUAUAUACUGGUUCUAAAGUGAAAGAAUAUUGAAUGCAAAUAACGAAGGCAUUCAGGAACAAAUGUGACCACAUAUUCUUUAUUUAUUAGGUGGCUCACAAUUUAAUGGAUUCACCAUUCAGUAAAUUGGAAGGAACACAGAAUCAGCUGAACUAGCAUUCCACAGAUGCAUUCUUUUAUUAUUUUCCUUCCCUGGGCCGCUAAUUGAGAAGCAAUUAGAUGCCUAUGCUGAAAAAAUUGCAUUUCUGUUAACUUUAAUGAGUUGGGCUCUAAAAUGUGCUGGUGACAUCUGCACUGGGAGUUUCCACUCAUCAUUCUUUUGGUUGAUUAGCUUCUGGCUUAGUCUUCAAUUUUUGAAAUUUACUGACAAGAACUUUUUAUAAGAACAUUUCUAUUAGAAAUAAUGCCUCUGUUUCUGGAAGAAAAUUAGAUAUAUGGAGUGGUAAAAAUCAAAGAUAUAGCCUGCAGGACAGACGUAUAUAAUAUGAUUUUUUUUUGCUGAUAGUUUUAUUUCUAAUUUCCUAUGGUUAUUUAUAUAAAAUUAUAUAUUUGCAUUAUGUUUCAAAAAGAAAAUUUGCUCUCUUCCCUCUUGCCCAAACUCAAUUAUACAAACCACACCAACCUCUGAUAGCUGGAUCACCUUAAGCCCUGACAUUACACCAAUGUUUACUGUAGCAUUCCAGCUUCAGGGAGAAGAAUCCAUUAACUUUGUUCAGUCUCAAAUCUGCUGUAAAAUGUAACAAUGGCAUUGUUCUACAAUGAGGCAGAGAAGUUACAUAUAUAUUUGCAGACAGCAAAUAGAAAUAUGUCUGUGUGUAUCUAGAAAAAAAUAUAUAAUUCUAUUCAUGUGAUUUUGUAUUUCCUUUUGAUUGUACAGAAUUGUUUGAUUUGCUAUUUUGAGGAUGAACAACUUUGCUCCAAUUCUUAUCAUUUGCUUUUCCCUCCCAAAUUUGGGCUUAACCAGAAACUAAGAUUUCAUACCCAAUGUACUGGUCUAUCAAUGUGUAUUUGGAUAAUUAUAGUCUACUGCUGUUUUAUGUGAUCCAUACAGUGUUUGAUGCAAAGAUGUCAUCUGUAUCUCAACUAAAAAUUCCAAUUUUGUAGUGUUUUUAGUAUUUCAUUUUCAGUUUAUGAUAAAACUUUAGAUUGUUUACAGAGAAUGUAUUUAAUUUCUAAAAACAGAUAGAAAUCUUGA